UCCAACCUCACACCUUAAACUCCAUCAUCUCUGAAAGCUUACUCAAUGGCUGCUAGCGGUGGCUGCAAGGGCAAAUCUAUUUGCUCAAAGCAUGUCACCAUGCUCACGGUCGUGAUUAUGAGCUUUGGAGUCAUCUCCUGUUGCCGCGGCCAUGGCGAAGGUGAUCGUCUUAGGGCGGAGGGCAAAAGUUGCAUCGAGAGCGAGAGGAGAGCUCUCCUAGACAUCAAAUCCGAUAUGUAUGACUCUGGCGAAAGAUUCUCUACUUGGAUCGGUGAAGAUUGCUGUCGUUGGAGAGGAGUGGCCUGCGACAACACCACCAGCCAUGUCAUCAAGCUCGACCUCCACUAUCUCGACACUCAUAAUUUCUACACAUAUGAUUUGGAUGACGAGGACGAUAUGUGCUUCAUGUUAGAAGGGAUGGGUGCGAGCAAGGUAAAUCCUGCUUUGCGUGAUCUGAAGCAUUUGAAAUAUCUGGAUUUGAGCAUGAAUAAUUUCUCUGGCUCCCACAUUCCCCACAUGAUUGCUUCGCUUGUGGAUUUGGAAUAUCUUAACCUAUCCAAUGCAAUGUUUGAUGGACUAAUACCUCCUCAACUGGGGAACCUCUCCAAUCUACACUACCUUGAUCUUGGAGGAUGUGGACUUAGUGAUCUACGAGCUGAUGACCUUGAUUGGCUCUCCCAAAUUCCUUCUCUGAAAUAUAUUGAUAUGAGUUUUGUCAACCUCUCUAAAGCAACUAAUUGGCUUCACCAAGUUAAUUGGAUCCCCAGUCUCAAUGUAUUGCGCUUGAAGUGGGCAAACCUCCCGUAUGUUCCAUCUCCUUUGCCCCCUUUUAAUCUGACUUCAAUCAUCAAGCUGGAUCUCUCUGGUUAUUCCAACUUGAAUACAACAAUUCUAAGAUGGCUCUCUCAUGCGAGCAGCCUUGUAUAUCUUGAUCUUUCUCACUGCAGUCUUGUCGAUAUUGAGUCACUACAAGUCACUCUGGGAGCUCUGAGUAAUUUGAAAGAAUUGGAUUUACAAUACAAUGAUAUCACAGGAGAAAUUUUUAGAAUUAAAAUGAAUGUGAGCAGGAGCUUCAAGCAUUUGGAUUUAAGUUGGAAUUCAUUAAGUGGAGAUAUUGCACAAAUCCUAUGGAGUCUUGGACCUCUGGAAUACCUUGCAUUGGAUUUUAACGAGCUCACUGGACAUAUUUCAGAAAUAGUGAAAAAUUUCCCAAGCAGCUUGCGAUAUUUAAGUUUGAGAUCCAAUCACAUUACCGGAGAAAUUCCACAAAUGAUAGAGAAUCUCACUAAUUUAGUAUACUUGGAUCUCUCAGACAAUAACAUUAUUGGAGGUAUACCAACAGUUUUUGGUGAACUAAUCAACUUGGAGAGCUUGAGAUUGUCGGGAAAUAAUAUUUCGGGACAAAUACCAGAAACUAUUGGGAAUCUCACCAAUUUGAAAUACUUAGAUCUCUCAAACAACAACAUUAUUGGAGGUAUAUCAACGGUUUUUGAUGAUCUCAUCAACUUGGAGAACUUGAGAUUGCAGAAAAAUAAGUUUUCAAGACAAAUACCAGAAACUAUUGGGAAUCUCAGCAAUUUGGAAUACUUAGAUCUCUCAUUCAAUAAUAUUGCUGGUGAUAUACCAAUGACUUUUGGUAAUCUCGGCAAGUUGGAGAGCUUGAAAUAA